GAGAGAUGUCCUACGAUCUGUUUGUUCUGGACAAUCGACCCUUGCUCGGGACCUAUCACAUUAGCAAGGACGUUUGCAAGGCGAAAGACAAAUGUGCAAUCCACCAAGCGCUCUGCUUGAGAUCUAAACCAAAGCUGAGCAGGCGGUCAGCUUGUGGUAUCAACGGCCGUCCCCCCCAAGAUCUGGCCAAUGCCCCCAGCAUACUCAUUCAUCGCACAGGAUUUCUUCCAGCUAAGGGCGUCAAGUUCAGCAGGAAGCGGGGUUCACCACUUUCAUACUCUGCACUUCCAUCAGCGACAAGCCUGCCUGUGUUGAAUAACCACCCAAAUCAAUCACUCCUGGUGAUGCUUGUCAUGAUGGCUGAAGUUGUCGCACUGAGCCUUGUGCUCCUCCCUGCUUCGGUGCUGUUCAUUGGGGUCUUCUUCCAGCCCCGUCUCAUCAUGCAACUGACACAGCGACUUUUCCCCUCUGUCCUGUUCCUUUGGCCCACGAAGUCAAAGGUGGUGGCCCUGACGAUUGACGAUUCUCCACACGAUGCCGUCACACCAGAGGUACUGGACGUUCUUCAGGAACACGACUGCAAGGCCACGUUCUUCAUUAUUGGAAGUUACUUGGACAAGUGGCCGCAUCUAGUUGACCAAAUGCACAAAGAGGGUCAUGAGCUCGGCAACCACACGAUGGAAGACACGGCGAGCUGGAAGUUGAGCAAGGACGAAUUGGAGCGGCAGCUGCUAGAAACGGACUCCCGGUUGCAGCCUUACUGGGGCGCGAACAGUAUCAAGUGGUUCCGGCCGGGCCACGGCUGGUUCACGCAAAGCAUGAUGACAACCCUGCGCAAGCACGGGUACCGCGUCGCGCUGGGGUCGCUCUUCCCACAUGACCCCUUCUUCGUAGACCAAGGGCCGCUCAUUGCGAAGUACCUUUUAGCCCGGGUGUACCCGGGCGCUGUCAUUAUUCUCCAUGAUGGAAAGCCAAGCCGUCGACAGCUGAUAGACGCUUUGAAGAUUUUGCUACCCGAACUCAAACGCCGUGGCUAUAAAGUAGUGACUCUUUCGAGCUUAGUCGGAGAGAAGCCUAAGGCAGGCAGUGCUUCCAAUGCUGGUCGUCCUUCCAAAAUCCAAUGAUGGAGCGGACCUCAUGGACCAGUCGGUCUUUGCGUCCGGAUGCAGCGGCCGCUAAAAGGCGGAACAUUAGCAAGCUCAUCUUGGCCGCAAGUCUUU